AUUAAAAGUAGAUUAAUUGUCACAAAAUUGAUUCAAUUGUUAACUGUUCAUCAGACGAGUAACAAUCAACCAAACUAAUUGAAAAAUGUUCAAAUCAAUCAUCUUAGUUUUAGCUCUUGUUGGCUCCUCAUUUGCUGGAAUCGUUGAUUUCCGAACCUGUGAGGGUAAUCUUAAUCCACCUCAAGUUGUAAGCAUCGAGGGAUGUGAAGGUUUCCAAUGUGAUUUCGAAGUUGGUUCAAAGGUUAACGUUCAAGUUGAAUUCGUUUCACCAAUUGCCGCUAAUUCAGUUGCAGCAAUUAGCACCGUCGGAACCGAAUCAUCAACUGUCCAAGCUUGUAAUUCUGGUCUUAAUUGUCCACUCGCCGCUGGUGAAUAUUACACCUACAAAGGUUCAUUCACUGUUGGACGAUCAAGUGUCUCAGCUAAAUCAUUAACUUACCAAUUGCAAUCCAACAAUCAAGCUUUGGCUUGUUUCACUUUCCCCGUUACCGUUGCUUAAUUUAAUCAAUUAACCAAGUUAAUUGUUCCUAUUUUCACCAAUCUAAUGUUUUCCUCCAGUUCCCAUGUUACACAAUUAAAAGAAAUCAAUUGAUUUUAAA